GUUGAGCUUGAUUUUCGAUUCGCGCGGCAGGUCACCGUUACGUCACAAUGAAACAAUGCCUCUCUCACUCGUGAUUGGCCAGCUCGCUCGAUCGUAAAGAACCGCGUGCGCUCUGAUUGGCUGAGGCAGGCGGUCCCGCAGGUAUGCUUUUACUCAUAGACGGGACAACGCACCAAAAAAGUGAUCAAUCUCAAUUCGACAACAUUGGCAGUCAUCUAUAGCGCGGCGCGCGGAUGUGAGAGCAGAUUGGGGCAUUUGAUCUUUUUUUUUUACAGCCAAGGAGUAUGUUGGUGUUUGAGCUUAUAUUGUAUUAUUAUUUUCUCUAAUUUAUCCUUAAACAAACAUUCUGUACCGUUGAACAUAGCCAGCCUCGUGGAUAUUCUUUACAGAAAGUGGAUACGCGAGAGGUUCACCAGGUGUGUGUGAGCUCUGCGGGGAGACUCCGACUUUUCGGCGCGGACUCCGCCGUUACCCCACGCGAGCUGCUAGAAUGAUGUCAUACCUCAAACAGGCCCCGUACGGCGUGAACGGCCUGGGGCUCGGGGGCGCGCCCAUGGAGCUCCUGCACCCAUCCGUUGGGUAUCCAGCCAAUCCCAGGAAGCAGAGGAGGGAGAGGACCACGUUUACGCGCACGCAGCUCGACAUCCUGGAGUCUCUGUUCGCCAAAACGCGUUACCCCGACAUCUUCAUGCGCGAGGAAGUGGCUCUGAAGAUCAACCUGCCGGAGUCCAGAGUACAGGUGUGGUUUAAGAACCGGAGAGCUAAGUGCAGGCAGCAGCAGCAGAGCAGCAGCAGUAGUAACAGUGGCAGCAGUGCUAAAGUCCGGCCUGCGAAGAAAAAAGCCUCCCCAUUGCGUGAGAGUCCUGGUUCUGAGAGCAGCGGCCAGUUUAGUCCUCCUGCUGUGUCCAGCACCAGCUCAUCCUCAUCAUCUUCCUCCUCAUCCUCUUCAAAUUCGAACCUUGGUGGACUGGGCAUGAGCAGUAGCUCCGCCUCUGGGGCCACGCCUGUGUCUUCUAUCUGGAGCCCUGCCCCGAUAUCACCUCUUCCGGCUCCCCCCACAGUCCCAGAUCCUGCACCUCCUAGCAGUGCAUCCUGUAUGCAGCGUGGUGUUUCAGGAAGCGGAGGGCCAGCUGGAGUAGCCUCGUACCCAAUGUCUUACAACCAGACACCUGGUUAUGCCCAGAGUUACCCCAGCACUGCGUCCAGUUCAUAUUUUGGAAGCAUGGACUGUAGCUCCUACUUGGCACCCAUGCACAGCCACCACCCACAUCACCCUCAGCUCAGCUCCAUGACAGGCACCGGGGUGUCUGGACACCACACGCACCCUCAUCACCCCCACCACCUUGGACAGAGCAACGGGCACCACCACCCUCACCAUCACCCGCAUGCACACACACACCAGAGUUAUGGUGGUGCUGCGCUGCCCUUCACCUCCUCAGACUGUGUGGAUUACAAAGACUACAAAGACCAAGCUGCUUCACCAUGGAAACUAAACUUCAGUGCAGACUGUUUGGACUACAAAGACCAGGCGGCUUGGCGCUUUCAGGUCCUGUGAGGAGAAGCUGUUUUUUUGUUUUGUUUGUUUGUUUUAGCAUUUUAGUUUCGUUUAGAAAGCCACCACACCAUAGAACAAAACAAUUCCUGAUUGUGCUCUAAAGACAUUUAAAGAGCCAUUUGGGAAUGGAUUUCAAGGUGGAAACCUUCUAAAAGAGGAGAUACUCUAGACCACUCUGUACUGGUGUUGCAGGAUUAAUCCCAUGCCAAAGGUCUUUGGCUAUCAGCUCUGCUGUCUCUUUGCCCACACCGCCUUAAACAAGAGGAUCCUCUGAAGACUUUUCUCUCUCUAGCUUUUGCUAAUUUGUGAAGGGAAAAAUACUAUCUCCUCCUGAAACAUAACAUGGUUUGGCCAUAAUUUGGUAUUUAAAAGACUAAGAGAUCCACAAAGCCCUCUACAUCUCCUUGCCUUCCUCAAUCCACUGCAACUCGCUGCACUUGGACUUCUUGUGUGUCUAUGAAGGCAAUACAUAUAAACUACAAUUAUACAAUAUGAUUGUCCUGCAACAGAGUAAACAAAAAUGUGAACCAAACCUGUUGCCUGUGAAAUGUUAAAAA